AUGGCAGCAUCCGUCGCCCAAAAGCGAUUAUUCCACGAAUAUAAGCUCCUCUCUACCUCUCCUCCCGAUGGAAUCGCAGCCGGCCCCAUAACUGAAGAUGAUAUGUUUCUCUGGGAGGCAUUAAUACAGGGUCCUGAGGGAACUCCGUUCGAAGGAGGGGUAUUCGCAGCUGAGCUGAAGUUCCCUAAAGACUACCCUCUCAGCCCGCCAUCGAUGCGAUUUCUAGGGAACAUGUGGCAUCCAAAUAUAUUUGAAAACGGCAACGUUUGCAUUUCUAUCUUACACCCUCCAGGCGACGACCCAAACCACUACGAGCAUGCAUCUGAGCGCUGGAGUCCGAUUCAGAGCGUUGAAAAGAUUCUUAUCAGCGUUAUGAGUAUGCUGGCUGAGCCCAACGACGAGAGUCCUGCGAACGUAGAGGCCGCUAAAAUGUGGCGAGAAAGAAGAUCGGAUUAUGAAGCGAGGGUGAGGGAAGAGGUCAGGAAAGGACUAGGAUUAUGA